AUGGCGCUGUUUGUGGAGGGCCCGGUGCCGUGGACGGGCAGCUGGAUUAUGAUAAUCCCUUCCGAUUUUAUCAACAAAGCUCUGGACGGAUCCUUUGGGGGUGCUCAGAGCAGCACCUCUCAAUUGGGAGACUCUUUUGUGCUCCUGCCGGGUGGCACGGGCGGUUCCCGUGGGGAGGAGGUGGUGGUGGGGGGAGGUAGGGGUGGGAGCAAGAGGUGGUGGGGCCACAGUGGAAGACUUAACCGGACCGAUUUCUGGAACAUUCGAGACUGCGGCAUCUUACAGCCGGACCAAGAUUUGGGUCUGCGCAGCUGGCGAUGGGCGGUCCGAUGGGCUUCAGGACUUGAUGGCGUAACCCUCUUCUUCCCCCACGGGGGACCAGAGAUUUGCAUUGACGUCUGGGGCUGCCCAGAGCUGAGCCCAGUGUGGGAAGGACCUGCCUUCUGGAAGCUGCUGCUCCCUGGCGCUUGCAAAGGUGGGCUGAUAAUGUGCUUGGACUCCUUUUCUUGCAAGGCUGCCAUUUUGGAGUCCCCUGCCAGAGCCGAUCCCCCGAGCCCAGCAGGCACCCUGCCGUCCCCGUCCCCGUCCCCGUCCCCAUGCCAUUCCCGACCGGCUGCGUGCAGCAGCCAUCUUGUCUUCCUGCCCAGAAACGUGAAAUGGUUUCUCCUCGAUCCAGAGGAGAGCCUUGCCCUCGCAGGCUGCCUGCCGGGGGCUGUCUGCAGCCAGCCUUAGAUCCUGUCCCUAGGUAGUCACAGAUUCUCGCAAAACCAGGUGACUUCCUUUUGCUUGCUUUUCCCGUCUCUGCUUUCACCGGUGGCAUUUUCCGUGGCACCCACCCACCUGCCGCAGUGCCCGCCGUCCCCCGCGGACCUGUCCUCCCCUUCACCAGCGGGGUCCUCAGAGCCACCCCUGCCCCCUUGGGCCCAGCUCCCAUGGGCUUCAUCCCCCCCUUUAUGCUCCUUUAGUUGUUGUUUUCUGUCUGUAAAUCUCACGUCACCUAUUAGAUUGUGAGCUCACACGUAGCCAGUGGGUGCCGCCUGCCUGCUGGGUCCCCCAUCCAGCUCUCUCACAGCGGUCAUUUCAUUUAUUCCUCACCCCAACCCUGCGGGGAGCACCCGUGGCUGGUAAGUGUUCUGAUCAUGGUUCGAACCCCGGUCUCUCAAAGCCUUUGUGUUUUUUUUUCCUCUCUCCAUCCUCUGUGUCUGCAAAAUGCCUUUGAACGACGAGGUAGGUCCCCCCCACGUGACUAUUUAAGGAAUUUUGUAAGCUCCUCAUGCGUGGUGGGACUUUGGGUAGCCGGUCCUUUUGCACCUACGGCCUGGGUCCCUUAGCUGGCCCAUGCCACCCUCAUUGACUUCAUCCUCUUCAGUUGUGGCCAGUUUCAUUCAUGAGGCCGGCUUCUUGCUUUGUAGCUGACAUGGAUGGAUUGACAAACCUCAAUGAUCCUGGAAGAGGAUGAGGAGGUUGGGUGGGGUAUGGUGUCUUCUGAGCAGAAAUCAGCUCCAGAACCCAGAAGGGAGUGGAGAGCGUGGGAGGCAGGGAGCAGGGACAUGGAUUGCUCUUGCACAGACGGAGGUUUGCGUCUGGACCCUGCCUCGUCUUUACCGGGUGGUUUUAGACAAAUUACUUGAUCUUCCUAAGUCUCCGUGUCCUCAGUCAGAGAGAUGGAGCCACUGUGACUACACAGAAUUGCCUGAUACCUUGCCAAGCAAAUAGGUUCCCGACCGAAAGUGUGGCUCCCUUGCCCCUACCCAGUAGGUUCGCAGGGACGUGAGGAAGGAACACAGCAGUUGGCUGGGCUCGAGAAGAAAUGGGGGCGA